CGGGCGGGCGGGCGGGCCAUGGGCAGCCGCGCCAGCGUGAGCGAGGAGCGCCUCGGGGCUUCGCCGGCACUGCGCGCAGGUAGGAGCGGGGGCCGGGCGGGGGGCCGCGAUGGCGGCGAGGGCCGGGCGGCAGCAUCCCGGGCGGAGGCCGCGGGGCGCGGAGAAGCGAGGCGAGGGCAGGCAACCCCGACCCCCCAGGGGACGCCCGGCCGCGGCGCGGCUCCCCGGGCAGCCUGGAUCUCGCCGCCGCUUCGCCGCCUCCGCCCGCUUUCUCGGGGAAGCCGUGCGCGCAGCCCAGCCGCCGCCGGCCUCGUCCCCGCCCGUGUGAAUGGGCUCGGCCUCUGAUUCCCGGGUUCGAGGCGCUGACAGGCCGUGAGAUGCGACGCGCGUGUUUUCCUGGCAGACCUUUGUGGGUCUUCUUCCCUUUGGCCCCGCGUGUUUUUCUGCUCUGCUCUUCAGCUCAUCGUCUUGGAGCUGAGCAGCAGGAGAGAACCCAAGUUGAUGUUCAGGAAGUAUAUUGUCAGUGUUUGUACUGGAAUUCUUCCUGGGGAAGACGAGAAUGCCUGAAGCGCCCCAGAGCCACCCCCGCCAAGCAGCCCGGCUGGGGUCAAGUUGAGACUAGUGCUUUGGCAAGCCAUCCGGCAUGCGGGCUGCAGGCAGGAAAGAGGCGGAGGAGCUGCUCACCUGAGCAACACCUGCCGGAGGGGAGCGGGUCAGGAAGAAGGUGGGAGGAGCCGCCUUUGACAGACACCUUUUCUCCUCAGGAGACAAGGCUGCCACCAUGAGCCAUCAUCAGCCACUGGAGAAGCUGUCUCGGACAGACAUCUGUGGGAUGCUUCGUGAAGAGCUGUGCAAAGGGAAUGACUUCCAAAAGUCAGACACCCACAUCUUCAUCAUCUUGGGGGCUUCGGUGAGUUUUUUCCUUUGGACCACUGCGGACCUGAUAUAUACUGUAGGCAUCUUUCUAUUUUAGGAUCUUUCUAUUUUGAGGUCUUUUCUUGUCAUCUAGCAGUAUAUAAAUUUUAUGAAAUAAAUAAAACCAAAACUGGGGAAAAAAUUUCCAGCAUGGCUGGAGAAUCUAGAUGGCUAUAUGGCUGUGCAAUGGGCAUGGGAAACGGCAAAGGUACACACAGGUAUGGAACAGGUGAGUGGUGCUGGCCCUCCAUUCUGUUGGCCAUAUGCCCAGGGCGUGGGGUGGGUUUCCCAAAUCUAUCCUGUGACUGGUCUUCAUAAGGGGAGGGGGGAGCAAUGUGACCACCUUGCGCUUCUUGGAGGAACAUAAUGAUAAAGAAAUAAUGUACUGUUAUAAUUGUAUUUGAGAGGCUUUUUUGUUUAUAGCACUCUAAGCUAUUCAUUCAUUCAUUCAUUAAAUUUGUAUCUCACCUUCCUUCUAAAGGAGUCUGAGGUAGCUCAAUAGAACUUUGAGGUUAAAACAAUAGAAAUAAAUCAGUAGACCAGUAAAACCAAUAGGGAUGGAGGGUACUCCAGCGCUGAGAAAAAGUUGCCACAGAAUGUAACUUAACUUUUAUUCUAACUAGUGUUUAAAAGCAGGAUGCAAGCGUUUACGUCACAAUACACACAGGCAUCUGUUUCUUCAUCCCCUCUUCUUCUUUUUUCUUCCUCAAAACUUUCAGGUUGGGGAGAAAUUUUGUGUGACCUAAAAAUGUCUUCUGUUCUGACAUCCUAAUGUUGCACAUUUUCUUGCUGGCACCACCCAAUUACAUCAGUAAUAAUAAUAAUUAAUAAUAAUAAUAAUUUUAUUUAUAUCCUGCCCUCCCCAGCUGAAGCCGGGCUCAGAGUGGCUAACAACAGUAAAAUGAUACAACAUUCUAAAAUCAUUUCAUUAAUUGAACCCACAUAUUAUGGGGGCAGAAUUUGACACAGAUGAUUUUUUCCAGUGGGUGGGAAUCCCAUAUCCCAUGCCGUGUGUUACUAUGCCUCAGUAGAAGCUUUCUGUUGAAAAGGGAACUGGAUUGUGUUAGGAGCAUUCACGUUUCCUUAGUCUCUUGGAUCAGCCUGGAACUCCAGAGGGUCAUCUCUUGCAUUUUUCAUUACUCCACCACUGAGCCACAGGCUGUUUCCCAUCACAGCAGUAGCUCUGCUGUGACCCCACUUUGCUCUGCUCCCCCAUCCCCUUUUGACCCAGUCUAGCAUCUUCCCUUCCAGAGCUGUGACUCACAGCCACACAAGGUUUGUGCCUGGUGACAGGAUGCUGGUGUGGCCCAAAUACCAAAAACAGGUGCUUCAGUCACGCUGCCCUGAAGCAGCCACUGGCUUCUCUUCCUGCCCCUUGUAUAAGUGCCUCCUUGCGCUGGGAAGCUGUUGUAUAACUCUGCACAGCAAUUACCGCAUGGUGUGUAAUCAGCAUCCCUUCUGGAGUUUGUGAGCAUGCUUGAAGGGGUAGGUGGCUAAUCCUGGCAUUGCAUGGAUUUAGCAAUGUGUUGGUAAUCCAGUGCUUGGAAAGAUCAGCCUAAAGUGGUUUGGCUCCUCACCAUUGGCUUGUUCACCAUUCUGUCCCCUUGCUAUAAUUGCAAAAUAUUCCCUGCCUAUGCAAGGGAUUGUUUUGCUGGGGAGCAAUUUCAGUGAGUAUCAAACCUAUUACACUCACAAAACAUAAUCCCUGUAAAUGUACUUUGUCGUGUGACCACAUUUGAAAUACUGUGUAUUGUUCUGGUUGCUUCAGCAAAAAAGGGAUAUAGUGGAGCUGGAAAAGGUUCAGAAAAGAGCAAUCAAAAUGAUCAAAGGGCUGGAGCAACUCUUCUCUGAGGAAAGGUUACAACAUUUGGGGCUUCUUAGUUUAGACAAAAGGGAAGUAAGAAGUUCAUAAAAUGUGUAGCCUGGAGAAAGGGGAAAAGGAGAAAAGUUUUCCUCCUUCUCUCAUAACACUAGACUUGGGGACGUCCAGCAAAGCUGAAUGUUGGAAGAUCCAGGACAGAAAAAAAUGAAGUGCUUCUUUUCGUAGUUUCACUUUAACUUUGACUCCCAUAAGAGGCAGUGAUAGCCACCAGCUUAGAUGGCUUGGAAAGAAGAUUAGACCAAUUAGGCUAUUGAUGGCAAUGAGCUUCCGAAUGCCGGCUUCUGGAAGGCACAGGAGGAGAGCCUGCUCUUGUGCUCGGAUCCUGCUUGCGGGUUCCACAGGCAUCUGGCUGCCCCGAGUGAAGAGGAGGCUGGAGUGCACAGGCCAUUGGCCUGAUUCCACAGAUGGUUCUUACGUUCUUACUCCUGAGUCAUAUCCUACCUUGUAUCUUUGUUUCCUUUCAUGUUCAAGAUGACACACACACAAUAGACUGUAAACCACUUUGAAUAUUUUCUUAAAAAUAUAAAGUGGUAUUGAAAUAAAUAAAUAAAUAUGAAAAUGAGUGGGUGCAGCAAGAUAAUGGGGUGCUGUCAUAAGGGUACUGUCAACAGUGUUUCAUAAGCUAUACUUGUUAGUUGCUAUUAAAGGUCUUUUUUGUUCUGGGAAUAGUGGCAAGGGAGAUGUGGACCCUUUCAAUUUACAAAGAGAGGCACAGAGGUUUAAAGGAGCCCUCUGUCUACCCUGGAAUGAAGCCCCAGUCUUCACUUCCAUUGCAAUAGGCUGCAUUUCCUCAGCAGUGCAGCAGCAGGAAAUACACUCUGUCCAUGUUUAAGGGCAUUUAAUUCACAAAUGUGUUACAUUAUAACUGUUUAAUGAAGAGGACUGUCCAAAGAUGAGAUGCUAAAUGGGAAUGGUUGGAGGAUAAAAGAUGCCGUCGUAAGACCCACAGUGGUACAGUGGUACCUCUGUAUGCGAACGGGAUCCGUUCUGGAGCCCCGUUAGCAUCCUGAGCAGAAUGCAACCCACAUCUGCGCAUGCGCGUGACGUCAUUUUGAGCGUCUGCACAUGCACAAGCGGCGAAACCCGGAAGUAACCCGUUCCAUUACUUCUGGGUCGCCGUGGAACACAACCUGAAAACGCUCAACCUGAAGCUACUUUAACCCGAGGCAUGACUGUAUCUCUUUUAUAUUUCUUCCUCUGGUUAAAAUAACGGUGCCUGUGCUUUUUCUGGCCUCAGGCACAUUCAUGGCAUUUUGGAGCCUUCCGCCAUAAGUACAAAUCAUGCCUGUACUUUGGUGAAUUGCAUGGUGCUGCCAAAAUGAUUUCCUUCUGCUUUUUUCUUGGAUCUCUGUUCUUUGUGUCUCUUUCCUGUUUUCCAUUCUGGAGUGGGUUGGCCUAAGACCACUUGGGCCGCCUUCUGCAGGGUUGCAGUUCAUCGCACAGGAGAGAGAAGGAGCCGUCUGAGUGCUGAAGGCGCAGGGAGCACAACUUUAGCAAAAGGAGAAGCUCCAGCUUUUGCUGAGUCACUGGGGAACAAGAUGUGGUGCUCUCCGUAGGUAAAAGAGGGAAGUGAGCCUUCUGGUAGUGUUGCUUAUUCUCAGUGAAUGAAAACGCUACCAGUUUGGAGCCAUAAUAUAUAAUUGAAAGGACAGACAGCGUUCUUGGGAAAAACAGAAACGGUUUCUACCAGGACACCUCUGUUGUUAGCCUUGUGGAUCGUAGACACAACGUGGCCAGUCUAGCCUGUUCCUGUCAGGCAUGUGGUUGAGCAGCAAGCUGGUGUUUGGUCUGAAAGCACAUAUUUGGCACACUCACUCCCCAAGACUGAACCAUCUGGAUGCACCUGAGUGUUAGUUAGGGUAGUUCCAGAUGCCAGCUUUCCCCCAGGCUAUUGCGGGCAACUAGCUAGCUGAUUCAAAGGAAUGAUCGCCAACAAACAACAGGUGUUUUGGAAAAAUGAGGCCUUGCCUUUUGGUCACUACUAAUUUGUAAAGACUAGCAGGAUUGGGAGAUUAGAAUUGCAUCUAAACAGCAACUGCCGCUCAGAAUCUUAGUCACAGAAAAUGACAGUGUGAUAAAGCACGUCAUGUUUUUAAGGGCUUUUGUCCUGCUGCUGCCAUUCAUAGCAAGGAUUUUGCCUUAGUUCCCAGUGAGGUAGUAAACAUAUAGCUGGUUGAGAGGGGUGCAUAUACUACACAAACUGUACACACGUACUCACAUACAGUCCCUAUGUAGAGAAAAUUAGUGCUUCCGAGAGAAGACAAGACUAUGACAUAGUUUUCUAAAUGCAGGUUUGUGGAGCUCAGUUUUUCCUGGUGUCCUGCCGUCUGAAGCGCUACUUGAGUCACAGCGGGAUGUGCUGCCCACCAUGCUCCUCCUGCUGCAGCAUGCCUUAUCUCGGUUGCGCAGUGGUGAUGACCAUGGGUUCUGACAAGGGCUUGUGAGAUUUCAGCCAGACCGCCUUGGCUGUGAGUCUGGGAAGACCUGCCCUGCCUUGCAGGCCUUUUCCCAUGUGGCCCAGACUGACUUCGCCACAAAAGCGGAGGAUUCUGAAGAGGCCAGAGACCAUCUUGGCUGCCUCUUAGAGCAGACCCAGGACAUCCAGUCUGAGCUUCCACAGCUGACAAGAUGGGCAGCAACAGCAACAGAUAUGUUCUAUGCUUAUUAUACUAUUUUAUUCUCUUGAUAAUUAUGCUGUUUUAAAUGUGCACUUCGUAUUUGACUUCCUUUAGUAAUGUUUUGAAAUCUUACAAUAAUAUUUUAGUUUUCUCUUAAUUGUGGUGCUUUUAAGGUGUUCCAGACUUUCUUCAGUGAUGUUUUAUUCUGGAUUGUUUUAUUUGAUGCUUUAAUGUAGGUUGUAAACCACUUAGAUAUCCCCCCCUUAAAAACACAAAGUGCUGUAGAAAUGAAAGAUAACAGUGAUCUCAUAGGAUCUCACUGGAACUCAGCGCCAAUGGCAGUAGCGGAGGCAGCAGGGGGCGUGGGUGGGGGCACCUGCAGGGUUGCUGCUUCACCUUGCCUCGUGAAGUGGUGUACUUUAGACACAGGUAUAUAUCACCUCAAGAAGAACUGUGAAUGACUGAGAUCUUUUAGGCCAUUGUGCAAGGCAGUGCCCAUGCAAUUAACCAAGGGAGAUUACCGGGCAAAUAGGAGGCUGCCCUGUACGGAAUCACAUCAUUGGUUCCUUCUGACUCAUCCUUGUCUAUCUCUACACUAACUCGCAGCAACUCUGCAGGGUUGAAGGUAGGGGCCUCUGCCAGCCUUGCCUGGAGAUGCCGGGGCUUGAACUGGACCUGCCAAUGCAGAGCAGAAGCCCUGAACUGCAGGGAAGAAUAAAAUGUACAAGGAAGUAUUUCUUGUUACUACCUUUCCUCCCCGGAGUUGCUGUGUUCUGGUAGCUUACACUUCCUGUGUCUAUUCAAAAGCAAAAUCUGUUGAAUUAAAUGGGGGUUGCUCUGUGGAAAGUGUGAUUAGGAUUGCAGCCAAAGUUAUACUGUGUAUUGGUUGGAAUUCCAAGCCAGUUCUAAAUGCCUGUGACAGGAUCAGGCUUUGUGGCACAAAAGUGAGGGUUCCACACCAUACACAACCUCUACAGUAAGUAGCUUGUCUAAACACUCACCAAGAUUAGUGCUUAUUCUUUCCCUCUCUAGACUUUAAAGCAGAGGUGACUCACCUGGAGCUUCUAGCUCUGGGUCCCCAACUCCCACUAGUCUCUGUCAGCACCGCUGGAAGCCAAGGAAAUGAGUAUUGCAGUCCGGCAACACGGGGGUGGGGGAUCAAACGGUAGCUGCCCUUUGCUUUUAAGGUUAAGGACAGGGAAAGAAUGGUGAACAAGGUUUUUAUAAGUGCUUCAGGUGAGAAAGCUGAGGCCUGGAAACGGAAUUAGAUGAGAAUUGCAGAUUUGAUGUCUGUAACUUGUAACCACUAAGCCUGUUAGCAGCUUUAACAAAAUUUUAGUUGAUCAAGUGUCUCUUGGUUUAGUCAAUUAAAUAAUAAUUAAAUUUGCAUAUUACCUAAAGCAUAACAUAGCUGCCUGUUAAGAAAUAUCGAUGUAUGAGACAGGCACCUACAAUCUAAUCAUCCAAAACUAAGACUUAUUGUUAGAGGGAGAAAUCCUUCUGUGUUGAUUUCUUGUAUUAUUUCUUUAUUAAAUUUUUAUACUGCCCUUCAUGAGGCAAUCACAGGACUGUUUUACAACAUAAAAUACAGAACACACUACAUAAUAACAAGUAAACAAAAAGCCAAUAAUCCCCCCUCCCCCAAAAAACAUUUAAGAGGCCAUAGAUUAGCCAAAGGACUGGGAGAAGAGGAAUGUUUUCACCUUGUGCCUAAAGAUAUGUGACAAAGGCGCCAGGUGGGCCUCCUUAGGGAGAGCACCCCACAAGUGGGGAGCCACCGCAGAAAAGGCCUGUUCUCAUGUUGCCACCCUCCAGACUUUUCAUGGAGGAGCCACACCAAGAAGGGCCUCAAUUGACAAUUGCUGGGUCUGGGUCAGUUCAUAGGGGGAGAGGCAGUUCUUGAGGUAUUGUGGUCCUGAGCUGUUGAAGGGCUUUUAAAGGGCAAAACCAGCACUUUGAAAUAGGCCCAGAAACUAAUGGGCAGCCAGUGCAUUUGGGCCAGGAUUGGUGCGAUAUGCUUGAACUGCCUUGCCCCAGUGAGCAAACUGGACACUUAAUUCCGCACCAGCUGAAGUUUCUGAACUGUCUUCUGAGGCAGCCCCAUGUAUUACAAAUUGCAGUAAUCUAACCUAGAGUUUACCAGAGCUUAGACAACAGAACCCAGGCUAUCCCUGUCCAGAAAGGUAUGCAUCUGGGCCACCAGCCAAAGCUGAUGGCAGAAUAUCAGGGUACAGUGGUACCUCGGGUUACAUACGCUUCAGGUUACGUACGCUUCAGGUUACAGACUCCGCUAACCCAGAAAUAGUACCUCGGGUUAAGAACUUUGCUUCAGGAUGAGAACAGAAAUUGUGCUCCGUCAGCAUGGCAGCAGCAGGAGGUGGUGCUUCAGGUUAAGAACAGUUUCAAUUUAAGAACGGACCUCCAGAACAAAUUAAGUUCUUAACCCAAGGUACCACUGUAUUCUCAACACUGGUAAGAAAUGAGAACCAGAUAGCAAAUAAAUAAUGAAAUAAGCAAGUGUGCAUUCAAUUUGCAGAGCUGCACAUUAGAAUCGGCUCCACCUCUUAAGUAGAAAUUAAGCUGAUUAGAGCUUGCAGCCCUCGUAGCUAGCUCACAAGGGAGAGGCAGGAAGACUUGCAGGCUAAGCUCCUGGCGCCAGCUCAGGAGGUUCUUAGCAAAGGCAAUAAAAAGAUCACCUGACCUGUGUAGGCAACAAGUACACAUAGAAAGAAAGUUGUGUGCCCACACUCCGUCCAGUUGCAAACCUCAUGUGUCCUGGAUGUUUCACACCUUUUUGGCCCAGGUCACAGCAGGUAGUUGACUUAGUAGUGUUUGCAUUAGAUAAGGAGCUUCUAGCCCUGGGUGGAUACAGGGAAAGCGAGGGCUUCUGUAGGUCACUGGCACUUGUAGCAGCAGCGGUGGGGCAUUGUACUUUGAGGCCAAAACGAAACGAAGCCAUGUGGCUCAAGAAAGGUCUGGGGAUAGAUGUUUGGGGAUCCACGGCGGGGGAGGGGGGAGAGGAGUCUGUAUUGUACUACUGAUGGGGCGAUCUGUUACUGCUAAGCACUGCUAACCUACAUCAGUGGUUUCCAACCAGUGCACCAUGGCACCCAGGGGAGACUUCACCGGCCUCUGUCCCUCCCACCUCUGAUGCCCUCUCAUGUCCACAGUGUUACAAACUGAGGUAUAAAAACUAGGAGCCAAAAUACUCCUGGACCCUGGGUUGCAGGCUCAAACAAAGAAUGGCUAAUUGCCAUCUCCAAUGCAGCAGCGCUUUCUUUCUUUUUUUCGAAAAAGCACGAACUAAUAUGCAGUUAGUCUGGCUGCUGUGGGGAAGCGUGGCACACCCUCUGCCGCUGCAGGGAGGCAUGGCAAAGCCCUCUGCUGCUGCGGGGAACCACAGCGCACCCUCCACCACUGUGGGGAGGCACAGUGGUUCCCUUUGCCAUCACGGGUUCCCUCUUGCCUGCCCUAAUAAUCAUAAGCGCACAGCUCCUCUUUGCUCCCACCGGGCGGCUCUGGUGGGUGGGCGGGGAGGCGGCUCCCUCAGAGUUUCACAUCCACCUCCUCUGCUUGUCACCCAACGCCCAAGCAGCCCACACAGUCUUUCUGAUGCAAGCUCUGCGGGGCUCAGGCCAGGAAAACUGAGAGAGGUUUCUCCACUUCUCACAGACUAGCUCAGGUACAAAGCAAGCAGCCAGAAAUCUUGGCUUGCUCAUGUUUGAGCAGGUGUGGAACGUGCCUGGUGAAUGGCGAAUUUUGAAGACCGCGUCUGUUUGUUGCAGCAGCCCUGGCUACAAGUUCUUCAGGCAAAUGGUGCCUCUGGGGUUGGCCAGGGGGUGCUGGUUGCCAGGAGCUGAGGUGCCCUCGGACUAAGUAAGCAAGCGGGCACAAGGUCAUCCAGUUCUUUAUUCUAAACCUGGUGGCAUGGCAGACGUUGCCCAGUGCUGCAGAGCUUUCUACAGCCAGAUCUUUGUAAGCUGCUUUGCAAUCUUUUCUGAUGAAAAGCAGUAUAUAGAAAUACUUGAAAAUAAAUGCAUUAAAAUGUUAAAUGAGGACUGGGGGACACAAAGGAUGCCUACCCCACCUCUGGGACUGGAAAACCUUUUGGGUUGGGCAGAGAUGUGCCUUAUUCUGUGCCACCUGGCAAUUUCAUUGAGGAACCUUUCUUUUCUCACAUACUUCUGCUCGUGCUUAUUGAGCUGAAGAACAGAGAAGCCAGGAAUGCUGGUUUGAUGCCUGGAGGCAGGGCUGGGCACCCAGUCCUUUGCUGACAUGCCCAACAUGCCCAGGGAGCCGCCCCAGGGCUCCUCACAAAGGUUUUGUGUUUUGCAACAGGCAAACCUCUUCUCAGGGCGGGAGAAAGCCAUAGUCCUCUUGCUGAAAGAUUAGGGCGGGCUUGGACUCCCGUACAGUGAGAGAUUAAAACGUUGUGCACACAAUAGAGCAAAAAGAGUUUGGGGGUGCGGCUGGCCCUGCCAUGCAGCUUGUUGAAACAACAUUUCAGCAUUCCCCUCCCCUCUGAAUAAGGACAUCUGGGUUUAGGAGGGGAGUUUCUGGGUCAGAAGGCACCUGGAUUUAUAAAAAUCAAUCUCUAGAGAACCCUUGAAAAUCUCUUAGGAGGGCGCAUAAUGGGCAACAGACCUAUUUAAUUGUUUUUAUUGCUUAUAUAUUUAUUCCUAAUGCUUAUCAGGCUAAUACAAAUCUCUCAGAGCGAUUCACAUAAAAAAAAUCAAUAAAAGCAUUAAUAAAAUAUUAGGGGUUUUUUUUAAAAAAUUGCUUGGCAUUUAUGUUAAAGGUAAAGGGACCCCUGACCAUUAGGUCCAGUCGUGGCCGACUCUGGGGUUGCGGCGCUCAUCUCGCUUUACUGGCCAAGGGAGCCGGCGUACAGCUUCCGGGUCAUGUGGCCAGCAUGACUAAGCCACUUCUGGCAAACCAGAGCAGCGCACGGAAACGUUGUUUACCUUCCUGCUGGAGUGAUACCUAUUUAUCUACUUGCACUUUGACGUGCUUUCGAACUGCUAGGUGGGCAGGAGCAGGGACCGAGCAAUGGGAGCUCACCCCGUCGCGGGGAUUCGAACUGCCAACCUUCUGAUUGGCAAGUCCUAGGCUCUGUGGUUUAACCCACAGCGCCACCCGCGUCCCAGCAUUUAUGUUAGCUACCAGCAAAAUCAAACAGUACAGCAGCAGAAAUUCGAACCAUCUUGGAGGACAAAAGCCUUCCUGAAUAGAAAGAGUGCAGUCAGGUAAGUUUUAUUCAGAGUAGGCCCAUUGAAAGUAAUAAAUUUGACUAAGUUAGGGUCAUUAAUUUUAAUAGAUCAACUCUGAGUAAAACUUAGUUGAAUACAACCCAGUUUUUAAAAUUUGAUCUUUAAAGGCCAGGCUUUAAAGGCCACCACCAAGAAUGCCGUAAAUCUUCACAGCCUCAACAGUGGCCCACCUCAGAGAACCCCCUGGGCAGAGUGGAGGAGGAGCCAGGUGUUUCCUCCUUGGACCACAUGCAGGCCAUAGCCUCUUACGCUCAACACCAGGUUUUAUGCCUUUCUCUUUCCCGGAAACAUUAUGAUCCUGGUAAUCUGAGUUGCAUUUUGGGUUGUUCCAGGGGAUUUUUUUUGGGGGGGUUGCUGGGAUAUGUCACAGAACUUUUCACUAUUUUCUGACCUGGAAAACAGAAUUGCUUCCUCCUCCUAGCACCUUGGGAUAAAUAUUCUGAAGGGUGGCAUAUAAAAUCCCUGAAACAAAUAAACCAUCUGUGAUAUUUUAACAGUAGAAUGAAGAAAAAGGGGGAGGGGAGGAGGUGCAAGAUUCAUAGUGGAUGAAUGUGAGCAAGUGUUCAUCUCUGGUAGCAGAAAAAACCACAAGUUUCUCUUGUGGCCCCUUAAAGACUGACAGAUUUACUCUGGCGUAGCCCUUGAUGGACUACAGUUCCCCUCAUUGGACACGUCUGACCUGACUGGAUGUACAGGGUGAGUCUUUUGAAAGAGGCUCCGUGGAACAUGUGUACUCUGUGUCCGCGGGGCCUCUUUUGAAGGACUCGCCCUGCCUAAAUGUGGCGUCUUUGAGGUGGCACGCAGGGUGUUCUGCUGCUUAGCAACCAGAUAGCUGAUCGGCUGCUGACUCAAACGUGCUCCUCAAACAUGAGGGGCUGGACCAAAAGCCCACAGGCGUGGGCACCCGUUGGGCUAACGCUGCAUGACUAGGCAGGUUUGCAGCCGGGCUUUCUGCCAAUGGUAACAAAGCUUGCUGCCUGCCAUGUGAUGGAAGGACAAAGGCGACUGCCAGGGGUGCUUCAUGCAGCGUGGCACUGCCAGCCACAGGGAGGAGCUCAGGCUGGAGGAAGGAGUGAGCAGCCGUGUCAGGGAGGGGUUUGGCAGUGGAAGGCCAAGCUGUAGCUUUUGGUGCAAACCUCCUAUACUUCCUGAAUGUCCCCAAAUCUGGUUCUAUAAAGUGUGGUCAGGUCUUCAGAAAAGAUGCGAGGGCAGAGAUGGGCUGCCUUUCGUCCUUCCCCUUACCAACCCCAGUGCCAAUGCUUUGGGAGCAGGGAACUAUGGGAGAUUGCAGUGUGGUGGUGCAGUGCAUCCUGCGCUAACUGCAGUGCAAGACUGGAGUCGUCUCCUUCCUGUGAUUUAGGAAAGGCAGAAGGAACCUGCAUCUUACGGCUGGUUAACUCUUCUUUCCUCAGUUAUUGACUGAUGACCACAGAUAUACCAGCAGGAAUUAAUUGGUGAUUAUUAUCAGUGUGUUUACAUGACCAUAUACUUCAGUUAGACCAGUUGUCAUGUGCAUGGGGAUUUGGAAGGAAGGCUGUUCCUCUCUCUCUGUGGAGCCCAGUCUCAGCCCAGCUCAAAAGAGCAGGCUGGCUUUUUGGAAGCAGGGAUUUAAACAGGGACUUUUCUGUUCUGAGUCACUUGAGUUCCAGCCCCAUACAUGCCACCCCUCGGCCUUUGCCUCAGCACACAUUCUUUAUCUUAUGCUUUCUGUGAUAAUGAUGACUCCCCCCCCCCCUCUGUUUCAUAAUUGCAGGGUGAUCUAGCCAAGAAGAAGAUCUAUCCAACCGUCUGGUAAGUUAACUGCCCCUGAGGCUUUGCCUUCCUUCUGCCAUGUGGCUGCCCGUUUGAAUUGGGACUGUUCUGAUUUCCCAUGCAGGUGGCUGUACCGCGAUGGGCUGCUUCCUGAUGACACUUACGUGGUGGGUUAUGCCCGGUCCCAGCUCACUGUUGCCGACAUCCGCAAACAGAGCCAGCCACACCUCAAGGUGAGACUUUCCUCCUCACCUGCUGCCUCCUCAGCCCACAGGACUUGUUCACAUGCUUAAGUUUGUUGCAUUUGCCGCUAGGAGUGAUUGCUAAUAAGCUGAUCUCUUCUGCCUGGCUGGCUGGUGGGAAACGGCUCCUGUCUUGGGCAAUUUGAAACAUUCUUAGGAUGUAAAGAUUGGGGGUGUACAGGCAGCCCUCCUCCUUGCAGCAUAACAGAUCUAUAUAUCAUUCCAGGCCACCCCUGAAGAAGAACAGAAAUUAAACGACUUCUUUGCCCGCAACUCCUAUGUCUCAGGAAAGUAUGACGACCGGGCCUCUUUCCAAGGUCUGAAUGCUCACCUGAAUAGCCUUCACAAUGGCCAGAAGGCAAACCGCCUCUUCUACCUGGCCCUUCCGCCAAGUGUCUAUGCAGACGUCACUGGCAACAUCCGGGAGACCUGCAUGAGCACUGUGUAAGACUUGGGGCCUGGCAGGGAAUCAGGGUGGGGGCAGGGCUAGCAGGAGGGCACUGGGGCAAGUUUGCUCAGGCAGAGGAGGCCGUGUCUGGUUGGAGUUCUCCCUCCCUUGGUGGCCGUCUGGAGGAGCUGCAGGGGGCCCCUUCCAGUCAUGUGGAAAAAGGCUUCUGCUGGCUCUCCUGAUCCUGUUAUAUGGGGUGGCAGGUGGGCAGGUAGGGAGAGCGAGUGUUGGGGCAUGUACAGAGUACCCAAUGACAUGCUACCAGAUUAUGCAAAUGGAAAACCCAGAAUGGAGGUGUCAAAGAAAAACGUUGGACAAUUUGAGUAGGGUCAGUUCUUUAACGGACAGGUAUAAUGCAGUUCCUCAGCUUAGCAGUUACAUACAGUUGUAGCGUAUAGUAAUCCUACUAUGCUGUUAAUUCCCAACAGACAGCCUAUGGCAAAAGUAAAAAAAGGUCUUUCCAGCAACACUUGCUCCCUGCAGCAGUCCAACACGUUAGGUUCUAGCCAAAGGGUGGGGGCUAACUUUCUAGAAACACAAGGGUCUUUUUACUUCAUUUUCUGCUUGGUCACUCUCUGACUCACUCACACAAGUUUGCUCACUCACUCAGGAGCAGCUGAAGGUGCAGGACAAACACACCUAAAUUAACCCUUUCUUGUCCGUUUUCUUUGCAUGCCUAAACUCACAUACACUAAUAGCAAGAACAGAUAGUGGUACCUCUGGUUACAUACUUAAUUCGUUCCGGAGGUCCGUUCUUAGCCUGAAACUGUUCUUAACCUGAAGCACCACUUUAGCUAAUGGGGCCUCCUCCUACUGCCGCACGAUUUCUGUUCUCACCCUGAAGCAAAGUUCUUAACCCGAGGUACUAUUUCUGGGUUAGCGGAGUCUGUAACCUGAAGCGCAUGUAACCCGAGGUACCACUGUAAUUAAAAGAGCAAGGAGUGAGCACAGCAGUGAUCUUCAUGGCACAGAUGGUGGCAGUGGGAUGAAGAGAGUGCUUCCGGAAUCUGCUACCUCUGCCACUGGUUUACUAGCACAGGUAGUCCCCAGGAAACAGCAACUGGCUGUGGCUUGUUCCCUCUUGAGCACACAGUCAGUGACAAGCUCCAAGUUUGCCGUCACGUGAUGCAUGUAAAAAUAGCCCUAAAUGUCAGUCCAGCUUCGAUGAAGACGAGGCAAGAGUUGCUGUCAUGGAAGGUGUGAGCCGUUCCUGGCCUCAGUAUGUACAUCCAGGGCAGGAGAUAACAUGCAAGCCUGCCAUCCCCAGCCCUUCAUUCAGUGUAGUGUAGAGCGUGCUGGUCUCCGGCCUCUGAUUCAUUGGCAUCGCUGCCCAAAGGAUGCCAUUGGCUUCUAUGACUCUUUCUUCUUUUGAGGUGCUUCGCUUACUCUCUUGAGCAAGAGCCAGAACUUCCAGGCUGUCCUUUGUUUUGAACCAGGUCAUUCUUCUUCUUUUUUAAAAAAACAAAUAAAAAUAGUUUUAUUUAUUUCCAUUAUAUAACAAUUACAGGAGAAGAGAAAUGGCUACAAAGCAAAAUCCCAACUCACUCCUCUCCCCUUCAGGAUGGAUCAGUUUGUCAAAGUCCAGUCUGUGAUUUCAGUAGUUGCCAUGCUUCAGGGUUAUCAGUAAAGUAUUUUAUAAAAGGAUGUCAUAUUUCAACAAAACAUCUAUCUCAUUUCUUUAUUAUUCCAUGCAUGUAAAAUCUUUGUUAAGUUUUUUAAUACAGCAAUAAUCAAUCAUAAAACUUGACUUAUAGCUAAUUAGAAGAUUAGCCCUAUAUCCGUUCUCACUGCCUUCUACACUGUAUCUAUAACAAGAGUUCUAAAUAUAAUUAAUUGCUUUAAAAUCCCCUAUUGAGAUUCACAGUCUUCUUUUGAGGAGUAAGAUGACUUUGAAGCCAUUCUAGAAGCUUGUUUCUCUUCCUCUGUAGGUAGAUUUAUAGCUCUGUCUUUCACUUCAAAGUAGUAGCUUAUCAGCAGUUUUCUUUUGCUCUUAUGCUUUUAAUUAUUGGAGUAAUUAAUUACUCAUGGAUGGCUUCAAGUUGCUAAAAUGGGGAGGAAGGAGGUCAGAGCAAUCAGGUUAAUUUGUCAUCUUCCCUGGAGCUGAAGCUGGAACCCCCAAACCAGUUCAUUCUUGAGCAGGUGGUUCAUUCUCUUAUGGAGGGCAGCUCAGAGCUGAUUUAUACCUGAUCUGUGUGAAUGCAGAUCCCUCACAUGCGCUGAGCAGCUUGUGUAACAUGGAAGAAGUGCACUCUGGAAAGAAACAGAGGGCAUGUCUUGGAGCUGCAGAAAUCCCAGCUUAUAGUACUGGCCAGUAUACUUCCCAGAAGUAGGCUUCUGUGCUCUUCUGCUCACACAAGGAAGCCACUCCUGGGAGCUGAUAUUCAUGUGCCUCAAAACCAAUUUGUAAAACAUCUCAAAGUGGCAGUUUGAGAAUUGGUGGUGGAAGGCCUGCUGUGGAGAACUGCUAAAGGCAGGACUGUUGAACACAUCACUGACAUGGGCUGUGAUAUCUGGAGAUUCUGUGCUUUUAAUGUUUAUUUUUAAAUAAACUGGAGGAGUACUGUAAAAUGUGCAUACAUUCCUUACCCAUUGGUUAUACAGGUUAUGUUGGUUGAAUCUGUAUUUUGCUAUAUUGAAAACUAAUGAAAACAUUUGGCAGGAGGAAAUAAUCUGGUGGGGGGAAAUGGAUUGAAAAUGUAUGGCUGAAAAUGCAUCAGCUGUGACUGGUGACCUUGGAAACUGGAGAAGAGCUGAGCAAGACUUGUGGUUAUCCUGGUGUAGGAUUUCAGAGCUCUGCAAAACACCUUGAACCUCAUGAAGGCCGGUAAAAAUGGAAUAAAUAUUGCAAAGAAACAUAAUUCACACCUAUGAAAAUCUGCUUGAUUCACGUAUCUUUUCAGGAGGGGGUGUAUGUGCGUGUGCAGUAUGAGGAGAGGGCUCUAGGGCUCACUUAGAUUCACCCCCCCCACCAGCUUGUAACACCCCACAUUUAAAACUGGCCUUUGCCAUCUUCUGCUUCCCAAUUCUCCAGGGGCUGGAACCGUGUCAUUGUGGAGAAGCCUUUUGGCAAGGACUUGGAAAGCUCUGACAAGUUGUCGAAUCACAUCUCCGCACUUUUCAGUGAAGACCAGAUCUACCGCAUUGACCACUACCUGGGCAAGGAGAUGGUGCAAAACCUGAUGGUGCUCAGGUAAAACAAGGAGUUUGGGGGACAGCAUUCAAAGGCUGUGGUAGUGGGUAUACAUGGGACCUCGGCAGCAACUACCUGGGCUCAAGCAAGCACUUUUUGUUCAGUCCUCUGACAAAUGCCUUCAGGCUUGCCUUCAGGCACAUGCCUUCAUGUGCUUCAAAAGUCUCUUCAAAUUUGUGCCAAUAAAGCACCUUCUCAAGUGGAUUAGGGGCAGGGUGGUCUCCAUUGGAGUAGUGUUUGAUGGAGCCCUUCUGUUCUGCUGCUCAGCUGGGGCAUCUCUGCCCUGCAGCCUCAGCCUGAGUCUCAGGUCAUUUCCCCCUUCAUUUGCAGAUUUGGAAACCGGAUCUUCAGCCCCAUCUGGAACCGUGACAACAUUGCCUGUGUCAUUCUGACCUUCAAAGAGCCAUUUGGAACUGAGGGACGGGGUGGCUACUUUGAUGAGUUUGGUAUUAUCCGGUGAGAGAGUGGGGAGACAGGGCGAGGGAAUCAUUUACUUGGUGUGUUUGAGGUGUGCAAACCACUACAGUGAUCAGCAGAUGUGGCAUUAAAAUUCCACAGAGUUGUAAUUCACUCAGAUGACAGAUGAAGCAGAAACCCCAUAUCUGCCCAGAUAAAACAUAGUUUGGCUUUGAAAUUCUUCACCUAACCCAGCUUUCUAUGAUUUUUGUGCUCCUGUCAAAUUUAUUGUGCACAGGCUGCCUUGCUGCAGGGGACAGCCACAUGGGUUUUUCUGCUGAUCCUCAUGCUUGUCUGGGCCCCAGUUCCAGUCACCCCAUUUGCUUUCAAGACGCUGCUUGUGUGCAGAUAUACAAGGAAACCUCGCAGUUAGGCUGCAUCAGGCCACCAGAAACAGAAGCAGGAAGCGCAUAGGGAUGGUGAUGACUGAGAGAGGGGCAUGACUGGUGAUUUCAGUACUGUUCCUGUAGCUAAUACUGAUUCCUUCUGCCACCUCUGCAGGGAUGUAAUGCAGAAUCAUUUGCUCCAGAUGCUUUGCCUGGUUGCCAUGGAGAAACCAACCUCUACCAACUCCAAUGAUGUGCGUGAUGAGAAGGUAGGAGCAUUUCUAGGACUGAGUAUCGGAUGGGAACUAGAAUUUGGACCCAGCACUUCUGAUCUGAAUGUCCUUGAGCAAAUUACUAUUUCUGUGUCUGUCUUCCUUCGCUUCCAACUGGAAAUGAAUUGCCUGCUUGCCUUGGGAAGGUCCACUCUCUUCAGAAUUAACAUUAGGCAGGCCUUUUGGUUGUGCUGUUUUUGACACCUACUAUAAACUUCUCUGCUUAGGCAAGCCUACUCAGACACAUAUACUGUAUUGAUUUUUAAACUGUUUAUCGCUGCUUUGGGUCAUUGAUGAUGAGGAUGAAGUGGUAUAUAAAUCCUCUUAGAUCACAAGAAGAAAAUAAAAAUAGAAAAGGUGUUGCUCACAAGCCCUGAGUGGAGACACUGGUGCCCCAUAGUGGCUGAGCACCCUUGGCUGUCAGAACUAGGCUAGUUAUUUUGGGGCACAGGAUUUCUAUCCUUUCCUAGUACUCAUAAGAGCAUUUUCAGCCAAGAUUAAUUUUCUGUGUGGUUGUCACUUCUAGGUGGGAAAUGGUGCUCACGCAGGGGACUCAGUCAUGAAUGGUUGGUGCACGUAUGUCUUUCCAUGUGUACAUGCCACAGAAACCCAGUGCCCACCGAAGAAAUGUCUGUGGCACAUUAACAGCUGCCAUUUCCACGUAGGAGAUUAAUUCUGAAACUUGUAAUCUUGAAAUUGCCAAGAAACAAGUGGUUUAUGUUAAUACUGAGUUCUUAGCUUUGAGUCCCCACAGUCACACACACACCCCGCACCCUUUUCAGAUCACUUUUGGUAGUUCGUGAGGCUCUCAGACGGUGUUCAUGUCUUUCUGCCAGGUGAAGGUUUUAAAGUGUAUCUCAGAGGUGAAGCCUGAGAAUGUGGUGCUUGGUCAGUAUGUGGGAGAUCCCUCUGGCAAAGGGGAGGCUCAGAAGGGCUACCUGGAUGACCCCACAGUCCCAGCUGGCUCCACCACCCCCACCUUUGCUGCCGCUGUGCUCUACGUGGACAACGAACGGUGGGAUGGUAGGUACAGUAGGAGGGAGGGGUAAAAGACCAACGCCUGGACAUCCUUGAUUUGGGGUGCCAGGCCGGGAUCAGAGUCCCAACUUGUCUCUGUCUCUUUCCCUCUUGAACCUGUUUCUCCCAGGAGUACCAUUUGUCUUGCGCUGUGGCAAGGCACUGAAUGAGCGCAAGGCUGAGGUGCGACUGCAAUUCCGGGAGGUGCCGGGCGACAUCUUCCAGCGCCAGUGCAAGCGCAAUGAACUGGUGAUUCGUGUUCAGCCCAAUGAGGCCGUCUAUACCAAGAUGAUGACCAAGAAGCCGGGCAUGUUCUUCAACCCAGAAGAAUCUGAGCUGGACCUCACCUAUGGCAACCGCUACAAGGUACCAUUACCAAGAGUUUCUCUCUUUAUAGGCUAAGGAAACUCCCAAAUUCUGUGCUUGAGUAAUAACAAUUUUGUAAAAGAGGCUUCCUUUCCACAGUUGUUAAAAAGGUGCAUGGCAGACCUAUUGGAGACCUUGUGGAAUUUUUGUUUCUUUAUUUUGAGCAGAAGCAUGACAGUGUGUGGAUUGGUAGCAGGAGGAGAUGAGCAGUAGUGCCGGUGGAGGGGUAGAAGUGUCAGGGACCACAAGGGUCUGGAGGCUUGAGGGGUGCGGUUGUCACCCACCAUCUCCGCCUUCUGGAAAGUGAGACUGUUGCUGGCACAUUUCCAGACAUGCAAGUGUAUUGCUUUGUGUGGCAGCCAGUAUGUUGAAGACAGACAUAUGGGAUCAGCGCUUUAGAUUCCCAGGCUUCUUAGCAUUGCAGUGUUCUGCUCAGGAGGUGUCCUGCCUGCUUCUCAAAUUCUUUCCUUCCAGUGACAGUUACAAGGAAUAGAAGGCACCCUCUCAAAAAAUGGAGGUACAUCGUGGUACACAGCACAUUCAACCUCUUGUUCCUGUCUCCUUUCUACAGGAUGUGAAGCUCCCAGAUGCUUAUGAGCGCCUCAUCUUGGAUGUUUUCUGUGGGAGUCAGAUGCAUUUUGUGCGCAGGUACAUGCUGGCACCCAGGGGUACCAACUUGAAUAAAAUAUUGGGGGGAUCCAGGGGAGCCCUGCUUUGUCUGCUGGCAGGCACGGUUUGCAUUCGAUCCACAGGUGCAAAUGGGCAUUUCCCCUGUGUUGUCCAUUUGCAAGCAGGCAAAGUGGAACUUGCUGUCUGCAGGCACGACUUGCUAAGGAAUCAGCAGGAGUCCACUUUGAGCUCUGUUUGCAGCUGCGCCUUUAUCUGCCUCACAGCUGACAUUACAUAUGUGGGACAAGUGAGAAUGGUUUGAGUAAGAGGACCUCAUGUGCCAAAUGAGGACCCCUGCCAGAUCUAAUGAGGCCCCUGGACCGGGUUUCCCACCUCUGGCACAAGACAUGAUGACUGAAAAAUAUUUGAACUACUACUGCAGUUUAAGGUAGAGAACUUCUUCAGAGUUCAGUAACCCAACCCAGCACUUUCCUCCUCCCCACAGUGAUGAGCUGCGUGAGGCCUGGCGAAUUUUCACUCCACUGCUCCAUAAGACUGAGGCAGAGAAAACCAAACCAAUUCCCUAUUGCUACGGCAGGUGAGUUUGGAAGAGAGAGUGGGGUGAGCUUAAAUACGUAUGGCAGUCGUUUCUUUUAAAACAGGCUCUAUGGUUGGCCCAUCACUCUGAGGUUUCAAGGGGAGAUCUUGGUGAUGGCUGUCAACAUGUGCAUAAGGGCAGUGUUAGAAACUCAGACAUGAAGGCUAGGAGUGAAAUGGCACCUUAAACCUCGGUUAUGGGCGCAACAACGGAAUGCCUAGGCACAUUUUUUUCUUUAUAACAAGAAUUCAAAGCUGAAAAUGAAUGAACUGCAGCUAAAAUAUUGUGUUCAUGUGUUACAUGGUCUAGUCCUUCCCCUGCCCACCCCCCUCACAGGGUGUCCUCUCCAGUCCUUAAGAGAGUAGCUGGAAGUGGGGAGGCGGGAAAAAGGUCCUCCUUUCCUUCCACUCUGCAGUUUUAAUCUGAAAUCUUAGGCACAGUACUGCACCCAGAGCUCAGAAACUGCUAACGAAAUUCCCUGUUGCAAAAUGUGCCUAGAACACUGCAUAUGGGCCCCCUAAACCCCUUUCCUGCCCCCCCCCUCCCUUAAUGGGCUUGGCCAUGGCCCUCAGGCUUUCUCUCUUUUUUGGUAAAAAAAAAUAAUUAAAAAAUACUUUGUCUUACGUGUAUAUAAAACAGACAGAGCAAUUGUAACAACAUGUGAAAAUUAACACAUGGAGAACAAAACUAUAUAAUAGAUAUGUAGAAUGAGGACAGUUGCACAUUCUGGGUUAAGAUAACAGAGUCUAAGUGAAAACUAUUAGUGUUAUCAAUCUAGUUCCAGAUUUGCCGGGUUUGUGACGAGGGUCAUCUUGAAAACCAUGUUUUUACUGUAUAGAAGGCAAAAUCAUAUUAAAAGUGUCUGGAGGUUCUAUUCCCUGCUGAAAUCUGAAGUGAUGGAUAAUUUCCUCCAUUAUGGCCACAUUCCAGAAUGAGUGAUAACAGAAUCCAGUGUAAGGUUUGGGACUGUUUUCCGUUGAGUUGCAAUUAUUAUUCGAGCUGCCAACAACAUAUAAGACCAAUUCUUUUGACAAUAUAUCUACAUCAGUAUCAUAAAAAAUAUUCAGUAAUGUUACUUUUGGACAACAAUAGUUUUGUUAGUAAUAUUAAUCAUUUCUGUCAAAAUUAAAUUCCAAAAACCUUGCAUCAAUUUACAUUUCCAACAUAAAUGUACCAAGCUUAUUGCAACCCCUCCAACCAUCAGGUAACACAAAACAAAACAUUUUUGACAUUUGCAAGGAGUGUGAUAUCCCUCACAAUAUGGGUCACAACACCCAUAUUUUAUUCCAAUCCUUGGAAAGAAUUUGUGUGCCAAUAUAUAGUUCCCCUAUCUUUUUAAGGGGUUCCGUAGGUCUUUAAGUUACAUUAAGCAAUAUAAGGUACUAUUUAGAAACUAAUCCUUUCUCCCCUCUACCCAUUAUGCAGAAUAAAUUUUUCAAAUUGUGUUAAGGGUCUCAGAGCUUGUGUUUUUAUAUGCUCUUUUAUUAUAUAUGAACUUGAUUAAAAUUAAUCCAGUUUGUGUUAAGAUUUGACCAAAUUAAUUUUAUUUGGUUAAUAGAAACAGUGGGACUGCGACUUACAUUCACUUUACUUACACUACCACAACUUUACACGGGAGGAGGAAUAAAUAAAUAAAGAGUGGGGAACCCCCACCAUUCCCUCCUGUCCAUUUAUUUCUUCUCCCCUCGCUUUUGCACCCCCAGCAGGCUUUCCUUGCUUACUGGGCUUUGGGUAGUGGGGUGCGGUGGGGGCUCUGGGAGUGGCCUUGUGGUACUGUCCACCCUACAAAUUGAGCAGAACUGAGCGGAAAAUAUAUUCUCCAAUGUGAUUGUUGUAAUGCAUGGUGAACUUUCUUGGAUCCCCAGUCUAAGUGAUACCCAGAUGGUGGGAACUGCACAGUGGCUUGGGAGGAGAGCUGGUCCAAUGGUAGAGACAAUGGCAGAAUUCCAGGCAUCCUGGCUCAGUUAAUUAGUACAUUGGGAAAGGGAGCUGCCAUCUGCACUUCUACACUUACCUGUGUUUUGAGUGCAUGUUUAUAGUUGAUGUGGGGUGCUAAUCUAAGUGAGUAUGAUACCCAGAAAUCAGCAAAGGGGGGUAGUAUUUAGUACUUAUAUACUUAUGUACUUAUGUCUGAAAAUGGAAAAAAAAGGAUUCUGGUCAACUUUUGAUCAUAAUCAAUGCUGCUGCUAUGCUGUUUCAGGGAUGGAGACAAUUGCAUUUGGCCUAUAGAUGUAAAAAGCCAUGAGUAGGAAACAACUGCAUCCAGCAUUACUUUUUUUUAAACCAACUUCAUUGAAAAUUGUAAAAACAACUACCAAACACAAAGUGUCUUCCAAGACAAAUACAUGUAUACAGUCGUACCUCUGCUUAUGUAUCCCUCUGGUUCCGUAAACUUCGGGAUACGUAAGUGGCAAACCCAGAAGUAUAUUUCUGGGUUUUUCCCCCACAUGCUUGCGCAGAAGCAGUCUCUCCAGUUGCGAAAAACGCGGGAUCCGGCCAGACCUCUGGAAUGGAUCCCGUCCGCAACCGGAGGUACCACUGUAUAUGUUAAGUCUUGUAUGCAUUCAUCCAUACAGCAUCAAAACCAACUUAGAAAAACUUUUACAUUACAAAUUCAGCUCAUAUCCACAGAGUAUACUUCACCCUAAAGCAUUCAGAUGGUUUCGCUAUUGGCUGCAACCAGAAUUACUAACGGGGAGCCUUUUUCCUUUCUAGCCGUGGCCCCGCCGAGGCAGAUGAGCUGAUGAAGAAGGUGGGGUUCCAGUAUGAAGGCACCUACCGCUGGGUCAAUCCUCACAAGCUGUGACCUCCAACUGGGUAGCUUGUAUGAAGGGGUGACAGCUGCUCUUCGCUGCAGAAGCCAAGCUGACCAGGGCUGGGCAAAGGGAUCUCUGCCCCAACUCCUGCUGCCUACACCUGAAAAACGUGGUUUUUGUCCUAGGACCACCUGCUGGCCCUGGACACCAGUGCACUCCUCCAGCAUCCACUGCGCUUAGGUGUGGGCCUUGUCAUCUUCUCUACUGUGGGCUCUGCCUCUUUAGUUUCGCUCCUUCUUAGACUGCUGGCUGCAGCUGGGCCAGAUGUCCCAUUUCAACUUCUGCUCCUUUCUAUGGGGGAAGUCUGUGGUGGCGCAGGAGGCAGCACCCUUGCCCUCUGUUCAGCUACACAAGCUGCUCUUUCAAUUGCACUAGCUCUGCUUUUGCUGCAUUACUUGUUACAUUCCUGUUCAAACUGCUUCUCAGUUUUAUAUAUGAUGCUGGUAUGUAAAUGGAAGUUGUUAUAAGGAGACCGUGGUCCUUGCAUUUAUUUCAAGUGGCUUGAGGGGGGACUCAAAAACCACUUCUGUCUAUGAACAAAUGGGCAGGGAGGGGUGGUUUGGGGGAAGUAGCCUGGCAGACUAAAUUUGGCCCACAGGUCAGAGGUUCUGCACUGCUGAGCUAGAUAUUCAUUUAUUCUGCCAGCUGAUUUCCAGUGUGAUGAGGACCAGGAGGACACUGGGGUUUGGUAUCUGCACAGCAGGCAGAGCACCAUGGGCUGUUCCUCUCCAGGGUCAGCACCCUAAAAUGGCAGGUGUGAGGUGGCACUUCUGCAAACCUGAACGUGGAGCAGCAGUGUCUGGUUACAGUUUCUCUGGAGCUGCACUGUUACUCACAGGUCCUGAGAUACCAGUCUGGAAUUUAUUCCCCAACAAUGCUUAGGCAGUGGCUCCUCAGUGUUCAUGGCCUUGUGGAUUCUUAGCAGCAGUCACAGGCUGCGCUGUCAUUUAGCUUUGACCCUCUCUUGGAUCAGCAGGAAGCCUACAGGGUGCCUGUUCGAUGCCACGGGCAAAGAGAUGGAUGAGCCUCCCAUGGACUCUGUGGAGAGAAAGGCAGAGAGAGUCAUUAGCGGCACUACCGGAUAGAAGGAAGACUGCUGUAUAACAGCUGUCCAGUUCCCUAAGCAUCUUUGGCAACUUCCAUGCCUGUGCUUGACUAGGCUACACUUUGUGGAAGGGCCACAGUAAGCUUUUUACUGGUUCUUAACCUGCCAGUCCCAGUUCUGAUCACAUGCUGUUGCUCUGAUACUUCUGUCUAUGUCUGUGUGGCACUGAAGUCUCUUUCACAAGCUUCUAAGUGCUGUCUGUAGAUUGCUCUACUAACACCUGUGCCCCUGAAGUACAGCAGAAGAAUAUUUGCCACAACUAUCCAGACAACCUACCUGACGCUGAUGUCGGUAUGUUGCAGGGUCUCACCGUCGCAGGUCCAGCAGCUGGUGGGUGGUUCUUCCUGACACUGCCCCCCACACAGCCCCUUGCGUCGUCGUACAACCGGUUCUCCAUCCUUAUGGUCUUCCACUUUUGAGGUGAAACGAAUAGCCCGGACCCGGUACACACUCACAAAAGGCAGGUCAAACUGAAAAGCACAUUUAAGGGUUUUUUUUAAACCCUCUGAUCUCUGAAGCUCAUGGCAUUACCAGAAGGAGUCUUAACCUCUCCAGCUCUGACUCAAGCGUUUGCGGCUUUAAGCAGAGCUCUGUAUGAAGCUGCCUUCUACUGUCAGAGCAGUCGUCCUUUCAGCCCAAGGCAGACUAGCAGUAGGCAGGUGGCAUUUUGCAACUCUUAAUACCCAAUGUGCCUUUUGCAUUUCCUCGGCUGCUCUUCGUGCAAAAGCGCAUGCACUGAAGGAGAACUGUGGCUCCUCCCCUUAUUUAAAAUACUGCCUUUUGACCUGGGAGCCCCCAAAGUUACAUGCAGAAUAUGUAAGAAAACACAAUCGUGUCAAUUCAAGGCACUGCAGUGGAAUAAAAUACCAGAAGGAGGAGUAUCAUGACCGGAACAAUUCAGCCACUUUUAGAAGCCCAGAAGAAAACUAGCUUUCACCAUCCCCUAGCAAUAGAUGGAAAGGGACCAAGCAUACCUUUCGGAUGAAGAUGAUCCGAAGCCUUUGUGCCACUAUGGAAAAGGCCCAAUCCUGUGUGUUUACCAACCUAAGUUGGGCAGUGGUGCCACGAGAGCAGAGCCCCACUCUAAGCCUCCGUGGCCUCACCAUUUAAAUGCAUGGAGGAUGUUCUUUGUUAACUAAAGAGAGGAGGGCCCGGGGGCCCAAGAUGAAAGAAAUCGUCGGAGGGGCUGUUAAGGAAAGGUGUCCCCUGGAUCUGACGGCAUAGUUCUCCUCAUUUUGCUUAAGACAGGACAAUGUAGUUGCCUAGAAAAGUCUCCUGUGUUCAGGUUAUAUUCCGACAGGAUUUCCAACUGCCAGUUUAAUGUGUUCAAGCCCCUUUCUGUACCCCCUACCACUUCAACCCUCCACCAGGGGCUUCAGACUUUGCCUCAAAAGAUGUUCAAAUUCUAAAAUAAAGAGUUGACCUCCAGUGUCAAAUAGGGGGCUUCAGUUCUGAAGCAGGAAUAAAUAUAUGCCUGUUGUACAGGGUGCUGAGUUUCACGCAUAUUUGAGUUUUCAUAGUUGUAACUGCAUCUACAUGGGCAGAAUUGCGGUUGUCAGAAAGAGGCGUGGCCUUUUAGGUUCUGCCCCCAGCUCUGUGGGGAGACAAGGGCAGGGGAGGCAGAGGCUUUCUCCAUACCUGGUCUGAGCCAUUGGUGUGCCGAGUCAAGUGUCGCAAGAAGGAGAGUGCUGAGCAUUCAUGCACCAGGAUGAGGUCUGCUGUACCGUCAGCCAGAUGAGCACAGGGGGAGAGUCCCUCCGGGCUCUUGGGGCAGGCACUGCUCAUGGAGGUCAAGUUGACAGCCAGGAAACGACCCUGAACCUGCUGCCAUUCGCCAUCUGGGGGGGGGGGGAGGUGGAAGAGGAGAGAGGUUAUCCUGGGCAGCUUUAGCUGGGACAAAGCAGCUGAUUGGACAGCCUGUUUGAAAAAUGUUUUUUCUAGGGUGCAAGACUCCUGACAGCCCUGUGGCAGCAGCAGUUUGUUGCGCGGAAGUGAAGGUGAGGAACUCCCUCCUUCAGUACAACUUCCCAUGUGCUGCAGCCAAGCACUGGCAUUUAAAAGCUAUUUCCAGGGCUAAGCCCUGGCUCAGUAAAUCCUGAUGGUGGGAGAUUAAAGACAGCAACAAUGCCCAUUAGCCUAGAGCAGGCAAUUAAUUCCUAUUUGAGGUUGCAAACUUUGCUCAGACCUAGGGAUUCCCUUCUGUGUUUCUCUACCACAUUCUGCCCCAAACAAAGGCAAGCAUCUCAAACCAGUUUAAUUCAGUGCAUUUACAGGAACAGGGAGAUGACAAUCUGGGUUUGCUUUUGAGGUCUCCCAAUGAAAUAGAAGACAUGUUUUUGGUUUCAUAAAAUUUAUACACUGCUUGAUUGUAGAGAAAACCUCUAAGUGGUUGUUGCAAGUGAGGUGGCCAGUGCAGGGUCUAUAUAGUCUAUCCUGAUGUGAGGGACUGGCUGGAUUCUGAUGAGUACACACCAGAGGAAGGGGUGUUGGAGACUGACUGGGAAGAAGGGAUCUGAGGGAGGCAGAGAGGCAGAGGCAGCAGGAGCUGCAGGAACGGAGAACGUAGAACAGUUGCAAGAGGAGAGGGAGGUUAGGCUAGUGUAGAGUCCAGGGCUUCCACACCUCCUCCUGCUGCUCCACUGGCUCCCAGCACCAGGAGAGGAUUGAAGAGGGAGAAGCAGAAACAGGUUGCCUGCAGGUGGAGUCUUCACCUGCCUAUGUGCAGCUCAGGUGGGGAAGAUCCAUAAACUGAGGCUGGGGGUGGAGCUUCUCUGUUGUGCCAACUGCCUCAUUGGGUGCACACCUAGGAAUAGCUGAGAGAUGUAGGCCUGAUAGACCUGCCUUUCCCUAAAUUGUAAGUGUAUUUUUGACAAUAAAGAGUUGAUUCCUC